AUGCAAGCAUGGACGAAACUAAAGCCUUUUAAUUUUACAGGCAGCUUGGGUGUUCGCGUUAUUGGCGGCAAUCAUGUUGGUAUUUUUGUCUCAGCGGUUCAGGAGGAUUCACCAGCUGCGCAACAUUCUAUCAGGCCGGGCGACCGCAUUUUAUCCGUCAAUGACAAGUCGAUGAUUGGUGUUACUCGUGAAGAGGUGUUCUUUUGCUAA